UCUUGAUUUCUCGUGAUUACUCCGGGUGUUUUGUUGUAUCAUUUGCCUCAGAAUGUUACAGCCAAAAGUGUUGACCUCGGUCCUAAGCCAGGCUAAUACAGGAGGAGUGGAAAACACGAUAUUACUAACUCAUGAAGGAGCGCUGUUGGCAUUUUCUGGAUUUGGAGAUCGAGAUGCAACUGUGACAGCAGCAAUCGCAAGCAAUAUUUGGUCAGUUUAUGAAAAGAAUGGUAGAAAUGCUUUCCGGGAAGAUCGGUUGCAGUACGUUUUUCUGCAAUGCGAAAAUGGUAACGUAGUUAUCACACAGGUCGCUAAUUUGUUGCUAUGUUUGUACGCACGCGAUAAUGUGGGAUUAGGUAUAUUAAAAGAGAAGGCACAAGCCCUUGCAACAUACUUAGAAGGACCUUUGAAAGAGAUCGCAACGUCAUAA